GACCAACACCUCUACCACUUUCUUCUUCUUCCUCCAAGAAGGCCUCCUACUUUCCUCAACCACUUCUCUCAAUCUCCUUUCGGCCGCUCUCUACGACUCAGAGAGCCUUUCAGACCUUUUCUAUCCUCCUGCGCAAAACCCGCAGCCACAAUGAGCGGUCUUCGAUUCCUCGAUCUCAUCAAACCGUUCACGCCCCUCCUGCCGGAGGUGGCCGCGCCCGAAUCCAAGGUUCCUUUCAACCAGAAGUUGAUGUGGACAGGAUGUACACUCCUAAUCUUCUUGGUCAUGAGUCAAAUGCCUCUGUACGGGAUUGUCUCCUCCGACACGUCUGAUCCCCUGUACUGGCUUCGUAUGAUGCUGGCUAGUAAUCGUGGAACGCUGAUGGAGUUGGGGACCACACCUAUCAUCUCCUCUGGCAUGGUUUUCCAGCUGCUCGCCGGUACUCACCUCAUUGACGUGAACCUCGACCUCAAGUCCGACCGCGAGCUCUACCAAACUGCGCAGAAGCUCUUCGCCAUCAUCCUCUCCUUUGGUCAAGCCUGCGUUUUCGUCCUCACAGGUCUCUAUGGCCAACCAAGCGACCUGGGGGCUGGCAUCUGCCUUCUCUUGAUCGUUCAAUUGGUCAUUGCCGGUUUGGUUGUCAUUCUCCUGGAUGAGCUACUCCAAAAGGGCUACGGGCUUGGAUCUGGUAUCUCGCUUUUCAUUGCUACAAACAUCUGCGAGUCUAUCAUCUGGAAGGCGUUCUCCCCGACCACUAUUGACACCGGCCGAGGCAAAGAAUUCGAAGGCGCAGUCAUUGCCUUGUUCCACCUGUUGGUGACUUGGCCAGACAAGACCCGCGCUCUCCGCGAAGCCUUCUACCGACAACAUCUCCCCAACGUUAUGAACCUUUUGGCUACCUUGACCGUCUUCGCGGCCGUCAUCUACCUUCAAGGAUUCCGCGUCGAGAUCCCGGUCAAGUCCUCCCGCCAACGUGGCAUGCGCGGUUCAUUCCCUGUCCGUCUCUUCUAUACGUCCAACAUGCCUAUCAUGCUGCAAUCAGCCCUAGCAUCCAACAUAUUCAUGAUCAGCCAAAUGCUUUACACUCGAUUCUCGGACAACUUGUUGGUCAAGCUGAUCGGUACAUGGGAACCAAGAGAGGGAUCUUCUCAGCUGUAUGCUUCCGGCGGUAUCGCAUACUACAUGUCUCCUCCUUUGAGCUUCCGCGAAGCCCUCCUCGACCCCAUUCACACGGUUAUCUACAUCACCUUCAUCAUCGUCACCUGCGCUGUCUUCUCCAAGACUUGGAUUGAAGUCUCGGGUUCUGCCCCGCGUGAUGUUGCAAAGACACUCAAGGAACAAGGUCUCGUCAUGGCUGGACAUCGUGAACAGAGCAUGUACAAGGAAUUGAAACGCGUCAUUCCGACUGCGGCCGCAUUCGGUGGUGCUUGUAUCGGAGCUCUGUCCGUUGCCAGCGAUAUGCUUGGAGCUUUGGGAAGUGGCACUGGUAUUCUCCUUGCUGUCACCAUUAUAUAUGGAUACUUCGAGAUUGCCGCCAAGGAGGGCGACUUCGGCCAGGGUCUCAAGGGCCUGAUUGCCUAGUUACGCUGGAAUAUGAAUUCAGCUUAUAAGCAAGCCCUAGGGGCUCGGGAGGGUUUAUGACAACAAAAGCAAUGCCUUCAUGCAUAGCAUCAUAGCAUGGGAUUGAGUUGGGGAGAUGUAGAAUGGCCGGGAAAGUUCUGUACAGUAGCUAUAACGACAAUCCUGUACUCGUACUGCUUUCGCGGGAAGUUAAAAAAUUAGCACAAUCUUUGAAAAUCGUA